GUGGUAAGGCUAUUUUCUUGACGUAAAAUCAAUCCAUAUCCCCGCGAUCACACCGUUUUUCAGAAAUUACGGUGCAGUGAAAAUUCUCGACUGAAUUCACGUUGGUGCCAAGAUGGGUAAGCGCAAUAACAUGAUCCCGAAUGGGCACUUCCACAAAGAUUGGCAACGAUUUGUGAAGACCUGGUUUAACCAGCCAGCCCGCAAAUACCGUCGAAGACAAAACCGUGUCAAGAAAGCACGUGCGGUAGCUCCCAGACCUGCUUCUCUGCUGAGGCCAAUUGUCCAUUGCCCAACUUUCCGUUACCAUGCUAAGGUCAGAGCAGGCAAAGGAUUUACUUUAGAAGAAUUGAAAAGCGCUGGUCUUAACAAGAAAUUUGCAAGGACCAUCGGCAUCGCUGUUGACCAUCGCAGACGAAACAAGUCUGUAGAGUCUCUGCAAACCAAUGCACAACGGCUCAAGGAAUACAGAGCCAAGUUGAUUCUCUUCCCGAUCAAUGAGAAGAAGAUCAAGAAGGGAGAAGCAACAGAGGAAGAGCGUAAGGUUGCAUCUCAAAUUAAGGGCGAAGUGAUGCCAGUCAGACAUCAAGCACCUGCUAAGGCUAAGGCACGUGUAGUUACGGACGAAGAGAAGAAAUUCUCUGCCUACAUUACGCUGCGUAAAGCUAGAGCCGACGCUCGUCUUGUUGGUAUACGUGCCAAACGUGUUAAAGACGCUGCUGAGAACCCUGACGACGUUACUAAGGCCCCCAAAGAGAAGAAAGCCAAGAAGUAAUCUAGGUGUGCUUUUUUCUUUUCUAAAAAUAAAGUAAACUGAUAAAACUCAA